CCCCAAGAUGGCGUCGCUUCUUCACAAGGACCAAGUUUUCCCCUUUUGCCCUUCCUCUCUUCCUUCAUUUUAUUUUCCUCCCCAUCGUUGCCUAAUUUGACCCUGGCGUAUCUGUAAACUCUCUCUCUCUACCCGAUUUCCCUCUCCUCUCUCUUAAUGGCUUCACUUGCUAGAGAUUUUCGUCUCGUGGUCUAAUGGCUGCUCCAUAUGCUGGUUAUUUGCCCCUCUCCAAUGGUUUGCCACAGAUAUUAGGGUUAGGUGAACGGGAGCUUCCUUCUUCAUUCAUGGUCGAAUUAUUGAAUUAAAGACAACAACAAUGUUGAAUAGUUCCUGGUGCUCUAUUAUUUUAUAGAAAAACAAACCUUACAUAGCCGGCAAUUAAAAUCUCAUCAAUGAGAUCUGGAGCAAGGUUCUGAAAAGUGGAGCUCAUACUCUCUGUGAUUUGGUGGGGUGACACGGGAAGUAGCCAAUGGCUCUAAUGUAUUUCUUACACAACUGGUGAAGAAACAAUUAUUAGAAGUUCUAUAACUUCUGUACAUUAUCUAUUGGUUAAAUUGGUUUUCUUUAAUUCACCAUGCCAGCCGUACAAAGGCUUUAUGAUGCUUGCAAAGUAUCCUUUACUUCAAAUGGACCAGUUUCAGCAGAAGCUCUUAACAAUGUCCAUGCUAUUCUAGAUGACAUGAAUCCUUCUGAUAUGGGCCUCCAACAGGAGGCACAAUUAGCAAGAGCAUGGAAACCUUCAUCAUAUGGUGUUAAUGGAAAGAAAGGACGAAAUGGAAGACACCACUAUCCACCUCCAAUCACCUACCUGCAUUUACACGAGUGUGAUAGCUUUUCGAUUGGAAUAUUUUGCAUGCCACCUUCUUCGAUUAUACCCCUACAUAAUCAUCCUGGGAUGACAGUCUUAAGCAAGCUUCUUUAUGGUACACUACAUGCGAAGUCUUAUGAUUGGUUGGAUGUACCAGAGGCCAUCAAUGCAUCAAAUGCAAAACCUGCGAAGCUUGUCCGAGAUUGCGAGAUGAGUGCAUCCGGUGGCACCACUGUUCUCUUUCCAACGAGUGGUGGGAACAUCCACACUUUCAAGGCCAUAACACCCUGUGCUAUUCUUGAUGUUCUAUCUCCCCCUUAUUCAACCCCAGAUGGGCGGCACUGCUCUUAUUUCCGAGUCUCACCAAGUAGGAAUCUUCCUGUAGCUUUGGUUCAGAAAACUGGAAUAAAGAUGUCUGAGCUGACCUGGUUAGAAGAGUAUCAGCCCCCUGAUAGUUUUGUGGUUCAGAGAGGAACGUACAGGGGCCCUACCCUCAUUAUUUGAAGAUUUUGGGGUUUAUGUACCAUACAUGUAUCAGAGAAGCUCCAAUCAUAUUUCUCUAGUAUGGCCAAUCAAAGGGUUUGCCAAACAAUGUUGUUUAUGAUGGUAGCAAUAAUCAGUGUCAUUGGGGGGGCAUCUGUAGUGGCCUACGGGUUGUAAAUAUCUCGGCAUAAUUAGCUCGCAAAACAUGGUCGUAUUGGCAUGAUCAACUGAUACUUAUGCAAAUCAGGUAGGAUAUGUGUAAUUUAGCAAGUUAGUGAUCAUUGAUCUGCAGAUGAGUUGUUGUUGUUCAUAUUCUGAAUUAUUAGAUGCAUAAAAUAUAAAGCAUUUAGAACUACGCCAGAGAGAAUUAGACGAAGUGUAUUUAACCUGGAAAUUGAGGCAAUGUACAAUUAUAUGCAUAUCUGAAGAGAAACCUGAAUUGAGGUCAACUCUGAUUCUUUGUAUUAACCAGUAUGGGGAGAAUUGGAUUUCAUGUUUCUUGUGGUUGAA